UGAAUGCUUCAGCUUAUAAACUCAGCAGACACAAGAGGGAAUAUGCUAGUACUGGUAUAUAUAUUGCAUUUGUUUCUUCAUACCUGCAUGUGUGUUGAUCUUGCAUACCCUGUCCAGGAAGAGAAAAGUCCAGGAACUUAUAUAGGGGAUAUUGCUGCAGACUCACAACUUCUAAACAGUGUCUCAUCGCAAGAUCACAAUCUGAUAACUUUUAACCAGCUCAGCCAAAAAGAAACUUCUCAGCUUUUUAAUAUUUCUAAAUCUGGUAAACUGUUCACUUCACAGAAACUUGAUGCCGAAUCAUUAUGUUCUUAUAGUACAGAAUGUUCCAGAACAAUUAAAGUUGCAGUCAAGCAAGCAGAAACAUUUAUCAAGAUUCUUAAAAUUAAGGUAACGAUAGAAGAUGUUAAUGACCAUCAACCAGAAUUCCCUGUAAAACAGAUAAAACUGAUUUUCGAUGAAAGUCAUGGCAAAGGAACUGCGAAAUCAAUUCCAAAUGCUGUUGACGAAGAUGUAGGUAUUAUGAAUUCAAAAAUUUCAUAUCGCCUGAAAAAACACGACAAUGAACCAUUUAGACUAUCAGUAUCUAAGAAAGUGGACGGUACUUCCAAACUAAGGAUUAGUUUAGAUGAAAAAUUAGACAGGGAAUCAAAAGACAGUUACUUUUUACAACUAGUUGCAGAAGAUGGAGGCUUCCCCUCCCAGCAUGGAAUCCUGAAUAUUGAAAUUUCUGUAAUUGAUGUCAAUGACAAUCCACCUAUUUUUUCAAAAGAUAUCUAUAAUGUUUCCAUAAAGAAUACACAUCACAGAGCUUCACCGGUUACUGUUUUAUCUGCUACAGAUUUAGAUUCUGGAGACAAUGGAAGAAUAAUUUACCACUUUAGUUCUAAAACAUCCGAAAUUGUAAAAAAUAGUUUUCAGUUAAAUAAUGUUACAGGUGAAAUAUUCUUUCUGAAUGUCUUCCCAGUUACACAGACACGAAAAUAUAAACUUUUUGUUGAAGCAACAGACAGAGGUACCCCCCCUCUCAGUUCUAUAGUUUUGCUACUUGUAAAUGUGAUCAAUCAACAAAACAGAGCGCCAGAAAUUGAUGUCAAUUUCGUUUCUGCAUUAAAAAAGAAUACAGCUGCAAUUUCAGAGCGAAUCAAAGUCGGCAGCUUUAUUGCCUACGUCAGCGUUAUUGACAAUGAUGUUGGACUAAAUGGAGAAGUAACGUGCGAUCUUAAAAGUGAUAAAUUUCAGCUGUUAAAAAUAAGUUCCAAAGAAUAUAAGGUGCUGAUGAAAAACACGGUCGACAGAGAAACUGAAAGUAACUACAAUAUUUCAAUUAUCUGUCGUGACAAAGGCUCACCAGCUUUGAAGACCGAGAGGAAAUUUUCAAUCCAAGUAAUGGAUGUUAAUGAUGUACAGCCCAAAUUUACCAAAGACACAUUUAAAUUCCUUACUUAUGAAAAUGAAAAAUCAAAUUUCCCAGUUGGAUUUAUCAAUGCCACUGAUUUGGAUUUAGGAAAUGGAGGCCAACUAACAUAUUUCAUAAUUGAUAGAAACAAUAUGUUUCCUUUUCAGAUUACAGACUAUGGUUUCAUUUCAACUAUACGGUCUUUAGACCGAGAACGGCGAGACAUUUAUAAAUUCCGGGUUUUAGUAAAGGACAACGGAACGCCAUCACUAAACAGUACAGCAAAUGUUAUUGUCGAAGUCAUGGACGAGAAUGAUAAUGCACCAUACUUCACAUUUCCUAGUGUUAACCCAUUCAGCCUAGAUGUUCAUUAUCAUCCACAAAGCAAGAACGACAUCACAACUCUGAGAGCUUCAGAUAGAGACAGUCGGGAAAAUGCUUUCCUUAAGUAUGAAAUGCUUGAUAGAAAAAACCAUCAAUUGUUUACUGUUAAUCCUUACACUGGAGUUUUAUCAUUUGCUCGAAAAGUUUACCAAAAUGAUGCCGGGUCAUACAAUCUUUUGUUGGUUGUGAAAGACAGUGGCAGCCCAGUGCUGUCAGCAACCACUACACUGUCCUUAACACUAACUGUCAGCAACAGAACAUCCCCAAUGUUGACAGCUGCUCACAUCCAAUCUAGUGACAUGAUAGAUAUCAACUUGGUUAUUAUCAUAGUUGUUACGGCUGUGGUGAUAUCAAUUGCUAUAGUUGUUAUAAUAACGAUAUGUAUAGUGAGAUGUAACAGAAGGAGAAAUAUGCUACAUACAGCAGCAAUGAAUCCAGCCAUGCAACCAGGACGAGAGAAAUGUCUAAUGAUAUCUCAAAGCAACAAUCCUUUUGCUAUAACACAGAACCCCGAAGAAGGGGUGCAUCACAGUACACCAUCAAUGAGAUCCAGAAGGGAUUUCUGUCCAGAGCAGGAGCUACCAGUCGAAUGGACCACAUUGACAACACCAAAAAGUAUUCCAGCUUCAACACAGGCUUGUAUACAAGAAGUUGGAGGUACAUCUGGCAGAAUUCACGGCAAACACUUACCAUCUCCGGACUAUUAUCGUAAUAAUGUAUCCAUGAGUAGAAAAUAUAGCCAUAGAGUGAAUAAAAAUGAUACAAGCCCAUAUGAAGAGAUACCAGUUCUACCAUUGCCAACCAGAAAAGCCCCUUAUUUUUGAGAAGCAGCUAUGCCAAGAGACAAAUGCUAAACAGUAAUCACAGGACACAACAACAAAAUAUUGAGACCUGCAGGUCUGUUAAGAUGUGCUGCCUCUCACAGUGUAGGGGAGUCAGUUUAGCAUAGAAGUGGUAUGUGGUGAACUUUAUUUCAUGGAAGUAAGGAACUGAAAAGAAAACAGAACUUAGAUAUGAUUUCGCUUUCUUUGUUCAAAGAAAUCGUAUCUGGAAGUUGAAGUCAAGAUGGCUAUCAAAAUUAUUGCCAUCAAAGGAGAAAACUGAAAGUAAUGCAAAAAGAUAAAAAAGAAAGAAAGAAAAAAAUGAUAAUAAUAAUAAUAGUAAUAAUAAUAAUAAUAAUGAUAAUAACAACAACAGCAGCAAGGAAAGAAAUGAGAAAAGAAAAUACAAUAAAACAACAGGAUUUUGAGGUUCAUGUGUUACUUAGUGAACCGAAAAGCAGAAUGUUGAAAAUAUUUCAUUUUUAUUGAAUGAUUUCUGCUGAAAUUUGACAUUUGUACAAACUGAAAGUUUAUUUAAGCAUUGAGAAGAAAUAAUAGACCAUAAUCUAUUAUUGCCAUCAAAUAUUAGAACAAAAAACAGGUGAUUCGGUUAAACUACUUUGUUUAAAAGAAACUGAAGAAAUGUUUUAAGAUAUUGGCCAAUAUAAUAUCAAUGUUGAGACGAUGACGGCGGCGACGAUGACGACGACGAUGAGGAUGAUGAUGGUGAUGGUGAGACGGUGAUGAUGAGGCACUCACACAGAUUGACAUAAAACAAAUAUGUUGAUGGAAUCGGAUGGACCGUAGAUCCAUGCAGGUAUAUUUACAUUUACUUAGGACGAUAAAAACAGACUUAUUCACUAAAUCAAAGAAAUUGAUUUUAUGAAAUUAAACAAAAUAAAAAUAAAAAUAAAAAAAACAAACAACAAAGACAAAAAAAAAACAAAAACAAAAGAAACAAAAGAAAAGAAAUUGAUCCCC